AUGUUACAAUUUAGGUUGUCGACAGUGCUGCAGGAGUUGUUACAAUCCAACCUUAAACGUCCUUUGACCGGUAUUGUUAGAAAUAAAACGUCAUCACCAGCCUCCUACUGCUUUAGCCCCAUCUUCCCCGAUGUCAAAGCGGAGUCUAAACUGAAGCCCCUCCAUGCCGGAGGAUCGCGACCUGCGCUGCGUUUCUCCCCCGGGAGCAGAGCCCUGUGCGCCAAGCCCGAACAGACGCAGGAUGGCAGCGCCAAAGACGCGGAGGCUGACAAGAGAAGGAAAGCAGGCAUCUUGCCCAGCUUGGAAGACCUGCUGUUCUACACCAUUGCCGAAGGCCAGGAGAAAAUUCCUGCACACAAAUUUACCACGGCCCUGAAGGCCACUGGGCUGCGAACUGGAGACCCCCGGCUGAAGGAGUGUAUGGAGAUGCUGAAGGAAACCCUGAAGUCCAGCUCGGACGGGGUGAUGCUGGACCGACACCUCUUCAAAAAGUGUGUCCAAAGCAACAUUGUGUUGCUGACCCAGGCGUUCCGGAAGAAGUUUGUCAUCCCUGACUUCCAGUCCUUCGCCUCGCACAUUGAUGAUCUGUAUGAGAACGCCAAAAAGCUUUCUGGGGGGCAGGUGGCAGACUACAUCCCCCAGUUGGCCAAAUUCAGCCCAGACCUGUGGGCAGUGGCCCUCUGCACAGUGGAUGGCCAGAGACACAUGGUCGGGGACACCAAAGUCCCAUUCUGUCUGCAGUCCUGUGUCAAGCCUCUGAAGUACGCCAUCGCUGUGCACGACCACGGCACCGAGUACGUGCACAGGUUCAUCGGCAAAGAGCCCAGCGGCCUGCGCUUCAACAAGCUCUUCCUGAACGAGGACGAUAAACCCCACAACCCCAUGGUGAAUGCUGGGGCUAUCGUCUGCACCUCCCUGAUAAAGCAAGGGGCCAGCAAUGCCGAAAAGUUUGAUUAUGUCAUGAACUUCCUGAAUAAAAUGGCAGGGAAUGAGUAUGUGGGUUUCAGCAAUGCCACAUUCCAGUCGGAGCGAGAGUCAGGCGACAGGAAUUUCGCCAUCGGCUACUACCUGAAAGAGAAGAAGUGUUUCCCUGAGGGAACAGACAUGACCUCUAUUCUAGACUUCUACUUCCAGCUGUGCUCCAUCGAGGUUACGUGUGAGAGCGCCAGCGUCAUGGCUGCCACGCUGGCGAACGGCGGCUUCUGUCCAAUCACAGGCGAGCGCGUGCUGAGCCCUGAGGCCGUACGCAACACCCUGAGCCUCAUGCACUCCUGCGGCAUGUAUGACUUCUCCGGCCAGUUCGCCUUCCACGUGGGUCUGCCGGCCAAGUCUGGCGUGGCAGGUGGCAUUCUGCUGGUGGUGCCCAAUGUGAUGGGCAUCAUGUGCUGGUCUCCUCCACUGGACAAGCUAGGCAACAGCGUGAGAGGCAUCCAGUUCUGCACGGACCUGGUUUCCCUUUGCAACUUCCACAACUACGACAACCUGAGGCAUUUUGCCAAGAAGCUGGACCCUCGCAGGGAGGGCGGUGACCAGCGGGUGAAGUCCGUCAUCAACCUCCUGUUCGCUGCCUACACUGGGGAUGUCUCGGCCUUGAGGAGGUUUGCUCUGUCUUCCAUGGAUAUGGAGCAGAGGGACUAUGACUCCAGGACGGCUCUCCAUGUGGCAGCUGCUGAAGGACAUGCGGAGGUGGUGCGCUUUCUGCUGGAGGCCUGCCAGGUGAACCCCGUGCCCAGGGACAGGUGGGGUAACACUCCCAUGGACGAGGCGCUGCAUUUCGGCCACCACGACGUGGUGACAAUCCUCAAGGACUACCACACCAAGUACAGCCCCCAGGAGAACACCGAUGACAAGGAGACAGCCGAGAAGAACCUGGAUGGCCUACUGUAGACCUAGGGAGAGGGCGCAAAGCCCCGAGAUCCAACACACACCUGCAUGUGAUUGGUGGGACAGGUAGUGUUGGAGUGAGGAUGAUUUGGCACAGUGUGGUGUUUCUGUAAAUGAGUUCUUUGUGUUUCUCUUUCCUUAUUUUUAUGUGACUUCCGGUCCCUCAGUCUGUGUAGUUUCAUUGCUGUCCAUUUUUAUUAAUGUACAGCAGUGUAUAAAAUUAUUAUAUUCAUGUGCAUAUUAAUGUAAAUUGUAUAAUCAUGUAAUAUUGAAGUCUCAAAUCUUUUAAUAUCACAGAACUGUGAUAUUUGUGUAAAUAUUGUUUUAUCUGUAGUACAGCAAUAUCCUGGAUUAGAGUAGCUGACCAUAACUUGUGUCAUGAGGCAGAUAGUGAGGCAGUACUGAACAACUUUCCAUGUGUUCUCGAUCAGCUGUUUUUUCAGAUUUGAAACUGCUUUAAUCAUUUUGAGAUUUGAAAAAGGGAAACAAUGCUUUUUCAUAGCUUUCUGUAGUUAUUCCUUUUAUUAUGUUUUAUUCCAAAUGAAAAUUUGCUCAGUGUAACCUCCAAAGCUGUUUGCUGCAUGACCUGCAAAGCCGCCUGGUCCCCCACUGCUGUUACACCAGUCAGUGAAAGGAAAAAGGAACCUAUUCACUGUAACACCGACACAACGGCUGCGGCCUGACACUCUUCAAUAAGAUUCAGAUUUUACAAGACAUUAAAUGUUUUCAAAAUUUUUGAAAACUCUUUAUUUGUAUCUGUAUUUCAGAUAUGGUGGCGUUUCUAUUUAUUCUUACCGCCGACAAAAUAGGAAAAACAUGCAAUAAAAGAGAGUGUGCAUAUCUGUGAAAAAGAGUGGAAUUCAUUCCAGAAAACACAAAGGUCACCUUUCUUCACAGGCCUGAUAAAACACUGGCUGUAGUGUAGUAUGGGGAUCAGGCAGUAAGGGGGCACUCUGUGAGUUGCGUGUG